AACCAAAUACAUCACGUAAUAUAUGUCAACGUAACAAUAAUACAGCAUCACUUUUCGCAGUGGGGAUAGAAUAUCACUGAACUCCGAUAAUGGCACACCGGGCCGGUCGACCCGGACCCAACCGCACCGCGCGCAACCACCGCAACCGUCCACUCGGCCCGGAAGUCGAGAAUUCCCACGCGCUGCCGAGUUCCGACUCCGACAGCUCCUCCGGCUCUGACGGCGACUCCGCGCGCCUCUCCGGCCUCGCCGCCAGCUUCCGUAUCGUGUCGGAGUCGCUGCUGAGGAUGGAGCAGACGGAGCUGGAGAUGGCCAAGGCGAGGGAGGCUCUGCGGUUGAAGGCGGAGCAGCGGCGGCUCGAGUCGGAGGCCGAGUUGACUCAGAUGCUGCUCCAGACUCAGCUCCAGAUCGCGUCGUUGGUUUCGCGGCGGAGGAAUGAGCAUCUCAGCCGUAAACGGAAGCGAGCUGAGGAAGAAGAAGAAGAAAACGACGAGUCGUCUAAGCCUCUCUCCGAAAAAGGAGGAGCUGCGGCCUUGAGCCUGCUGCAGUGUAGUUUGUUAUUAUGAAUCAAAACCAGUGGCAAAACGGGAAUUGUAAAAUUGUGAUGGAAGCUUUCAUGCUUCUACUGUAAAACUAAUGCGAUUCCUACUCAUGAAGGGAAUGUACUC